AUGGGCCUUGGCUUAAAGUCUGGACCGUGGGCUCGAACAACGGGGCCCAAAAUUCGCGCCAUCUUUGAACUCCUUAAUCCUUAUCUAGUUGCAAGCAUUAUCAAGCUCCAUGAAUUGAACAGUCUGCUGCUCUUGUGCAACAACGGAAAUCCCAUCAUGAAUUCUCUGUUGUCGUCACAGUGUAGCUUUCGUCUCCGCCUUCAGCUUUACCCUUCGGCGAGAAUCGGGAGACCCAGGGAUGCUGUGACAAUGGCGAUGAAUGGGAAUUUUGGGUCUGCGACGACGAACAAGUUUCCCCGGAGGAUGAUUGUGGAGUUUGUUAGCCACAUGUCCUUUAUCCACCUUCUUAAUCCCGCCUUUGCUGCACCCAUUCCAGCAACGGAGGAGCCUGAAGUUAUUAGGACGUUGAAGCUUGACAGCGGGGCUUCAGCUAUGUUUUCCUGGUUUUAUUUGGUUGUAGAGAUUAUUGAAGGAGAAGGACCAGAAGCUCAGGAAGGAGAUGUUGUUGAAGUAAACUAUGUAUGUCGACGCUCUAAUGGAUAUUUUGUUCACAGCACAGUGGAUCAAUUCAGUGGGGAAAGCUCACCUGUCAUACUUCCUUUGAAUGAGAACCAGAUUAUCAAGGGCUUAAAGGAGGUUCUAGUUGGGAUGAAAGUUGGAGGCAAGAGAAGAGCUCUGAUACCACCAUCUGCUGGGUAUGUCAGUGAGAGCUUGAAACCCAUCCCAGAUGAGUUUGGUCCUCGACGUAGCCUAUUAACUCAUGCAAGGGAGCCUCUGGUAUUUGAGGUGCAACUCUUGAAGGUCCUCUGAACUUAAAUGACGAUUAAUGCUGCUUCGUCCAUAGCUACCAAUUGACAGAAGCCAACCAGUAAUCCAUAGAGUCUAAUGCGAAAGAAACAGAAACCCGAUGACAUCCUGCAAUUGGAUGUAGAUUAGUCUGGGUUUAGGGAGUGGACUUUGCAAAUUCUCUCAUUCUUGUCAUGACUCUUCAGGAGUCAUCAGAAGUUCUCUUUUCAGUAUUUUCCAUAUUCUUGGAGUAUGAUUUUGUAAUAUCAGAAGUUCUCUUUUCAGUAUUUUCUAUAUUCUUGAAGUAUGAUUUUGUAAUAAGUAAAUAAACAGAAUCUACAAUUUGUCAACAACACUUUCAAUAAUUUGAGUUGUUUAAGGAACUAAUACUCCACUCAAGGAAAC